AUGGGCCUUCAAAUCGACCAUGAACCUGAAAACAAUCACUCCUCCAAACCCUACCCUCUUGACCCCCAAGAAUUCAGGAGGCAAGGCCACAUGAUCAUAGACUUCCUCGCUGAUUACUAUGAGAAUAUUGAGCAAUACCCAGUUCUGAGCCAAGUCGAACCGGGGUAUCUUCGACCCCGUUUGCCAGAAUCUGCCCCGUCGGAUCCCGAACCCAUCGAAACCAUCCUCAAAGACGUGAAAGAUCACAUUCUUCCGGGCAUAACCCACUGGCAGAGCCCCAAUUUCUUCGCUUACUUCCAGUGCAAUGCUAGCAUUGCCGGCAUUCUCGGUGAAAUGCUGGGCACUGGCUUUAACGUUGUCGGUUUCAACUGGAUCACGUCCCCUGCGGUGACGGAGCUUGAGAUGAAAGUGAUGGAGUGGCUCGGAAACUUGCUUGAGCUUCCCAAGUCGUUUCUCUUCUCCGGCAACGGCGGUGGAGUCUUACAAGGUACCACUUGCGAAGCCGUCUUAUGCACCAUUGUCGCCGCCAGAGACCAAAUGUUAAGCCGAGUUGGAAGAGAGAACCUGGAGAAGCUAGUCGUGUACGGGUCGGACCAGACCCAUUGCUGUUUCCAGAAAGCAGCGAAGAUCGCGGGAAUCAACCCGAAUAACAUUCGGUCUAUUGUGACCACAAAGGCAACUGCUUUCGGGCUCUCCCCGGACUCCCUCAGAUCCGCAAUCUUGUCCGACUUAGACAUCGGGCUCAUCCCGUUGUUUCUCUGCGCUACCGUGGGGACCACCGCCUCCACCGCCGUGGAUCCAGUGGGGCCACUGUGCGCCGUCACGAAAGAUUAUGACAUGUGGGUUCACGUGGACGCAGCGUGCGCCGGAAGCGCCUGCAUAUGCCCGGAGUUUCGGCAUUUCAUCGACGGCAUUGAAGGAGCAAAUUCCUUCAGCCUGAAUGCACAUAAAUGGUUGCUGACGAAUCUGGAUUGUUGCUGCCUUUGGUUGAAGGACCCAACUGCACUCAUCAAAGUCCUGUCCACAAACCCGGAGUAUUUGAAGAACAAAUCAACUGAGUUCAAGGGAGUGGUAGAUUAUAAAGACUGGCAAAUAACACUAAGUAGGAGGUUCCGGGCGAUGAAGCUGUGGCUGGUGCUUCGGAGCUACGGCGUCGAGAAUCUCAGAAGCUAUAUGAGGAACCAUGUGAGAAUGGCGAAACGUUUUGCAGGGCUGGUGGCGAUGGACGAGCGGUUCCAGAUUGUGGUGCCGACCACUUUUGCUCUGGUGUGUUUUAGGCUUCUGCCGCCGGCGGUGAUAAAGAGUAGGAAUAGGAGUAGUGUUGGUGAUGAUGAUGAGGAGGAGGAUGGCGGGAGGGAGUUGAACCAGAGGUUAUUGGAGUCGAUAAACACGACGGGGCAGAUGUACAUGACGCAUGCGGUGGUUGGGGGCGUCUACACGCUGCGGUUGGCAGUUGGCGCCACCCUUACAGAGGAUCGGCACGUGAGCAUGGCAUGGAAGGUAGUGCAAGAGCAUGCAGAGUCCGUGCUGAAUUGUUCGGGCAAGAAGGAAAACAAUCCGCGUGAAGAGUUCGAGGCCAUCAAUGGUCGUGCUGCUUAUCAUGGUACCGUAACUUGCAGCAGUUUCUCAUCCUGAUGAGUAAAAAAUAUAAUAUAAUAAAAUGUAGAGUGCUACCCUUAUCUACCAAAUAUAACUUUUUUUUUAUUCACUCUUUUGAAUAAUUGUACGGUAUAGUACUCACAAUGCAGUGGAUAAAUAAGAAGUGUAGCAUUUCUAAAACAUAAAAAUCUCUCGAUUAGAUCGAUAGAUUAGCUAAUAAAUUGUUAUGCUGUUUAGGAUUGCUGCUAUUACGAUGUUUAUGAUUGUUAUUUCUUUCUUUUAACUAUAAAAUGAAAAUUUUGUCUC